AUGACAGCGUCUACUCACAAUGCGGUCGACAACGUCCUAGAACGCUUCAUCAUCCUCAACAAGAAAGCCCACCUUCUGACGGAGGAUCAGAUCCUUCGGGUGGCGACCGACCAAUCCAAGGUCAACAAAUCAUUGCAACAUUACACCAUUGAUGCACCGGGUGGGCGGGAUUUGAACGAGAACAACAAGUUGGCCAAGCAAGCCCUAGCUAGAGUCAAAUCCGCGGUUAUUAUCUUCACAACUUGUGCAGGCGCUGGGCUGGGUAUUCUGCGGAAGGUCGACUUUGAGAUCGCGUUGAUAGACAAGGCAUCGCAGAUCACGGAGCCCUGCGCGUUGAUACCCCUCGUGAAAGGUGUCAAAAGAGCGGUGCUUGUCGGUGACCACCCGGCACGGACAGCGUGCAACUUCGUCCAACGGUUCGGCACAUGGCGAAAGCAUUGGAGUAUGUGUCUCUAUUUGAGGGGCUGUAUACGGGCCAAACCUCCCUAUGGUGUCCCGAACAAUGCUGGAUGGGAGUUCUACGAAGGGAAAUUACAGAGCGCAAUUACGAAUAGCCAGGAGGUACUAGGACGGCUGGAGGGUUCAUCUUUCCCCUGGCCCCGUCGUAACGGCUAUAUCUUCCCAACCGUGUUCAUACAAUGCUCGACAGAAGAGGACCUAGGCGAAAACGCAAAGACGGAAGCCGCAAAAUCCUCGGCCUGGACUGGGCCAAUGGCGUUAUUGGGAUUGGUGGUGUUCUUCGAGAACUCACUCCCUUCGCUCGUCAACCUCAAGCUUUAUGAUUACAUCUCGCCAAUGGAAGACGCAGAACUAGUCCGUCAACUGGCAUCCUUUUCCUCGAUUACGGCACUCUGCCUGAGCAACGUCCGCUUUACCAGUCUCGCUCCGAUCGUGUCCAGCUUUCCCCAGCUCGAAUACCUCUGGUUAAAGUCUGCAUUCACAUUGGAGCGCGAUAUAAACUACGAUGCAUUAACCGCGACGAAGCUGAAGUAUUUGCGAUGCUAUUCACUUCAUGAAACGACGGCGAAGGCCUUUGGGCUUAGGAUGCUCGAUACUGUCAAGACGCUGGUCGUCCUGGUCGUUGUGGACGUUACCUUGCUCCCCAUACAUCACACUAUUCAAAUGUACAAUGGCAAUUACCGCGGUCCGGCAUUUCACCGUGCCCACGAAUGGAAGAGGUGGUGGGAAGACACUGGACGCGCUGUUGAGUUGGCCAGCCGCCUUCAGAUCAGUAAAGCCCCAAGCGCCGAGAGUGACAAGGAUCCUCAAAGGCAAGGAAUCGUUGAUGUCGUGUAUCAAUCUGAGGAAUGGAACAAAUGGUACAGACGUGCCGUUGAGUUUCCUGGCUCCCAGGUGUUGCCUACUCAAGAUCAAGCUGAUACUCCUACUGCCGUCUCUCACUCAGUGACCUGGCAGGCUUAA